AUGGCAGACAUGGCAGAUAUGGCUCAGAACAUGGCAGAUCUGGCAGACAUGGCUCAAGACAUGGCACGCAUGGCUCGAAGCCUGGCUCUCAUGGCUCAGGUUACUUCCAAAAUACAAAUAUACACCUACACGCUCGACACACUCGCUCGCCGUUUCUUUCACAAGCUGAAGACAGAUACCUCCGAGGCCUCCCUAGCACGGUUGGAAUGCCUGGCUGAAAACACCACCCUUGCCCCCUAUGUCCACGGUCUUCAGUUCGAGCAUCGUCAGGCUAAGAACAAUAGUAAGCUACAGUACCUUGAUGUGGCUGGGCUUUCAAAUGACAAUCCUGACCUUAACUUGAUGUGUUCUGGUAUCCAACAGCUUUAUGGUAUCCUACGAUCCUUCACCAACUGCUCGUCCUUCCAGUUCAUACAGGGCAGUGAGGGUGUUCCGACAACAAAAGGCGCCAUGGUUCUCUCUUUCAGGGUGAACCUCCUUAUCACUAUCAUGAAUGCCAUACAGAGGCCAGUUGGGGAACUGGAUAUCCAGUGCCUUUUGGACGGUCGUGAUGGGGAUAUCCACAACCUUGGUGGUAUAGGGUUUACUUUACUGGCCCCAUUGAUAGGCAAAAUCUCUGGAACGGAUGGGGGAAUUUUACAGCAUAUAUUAAUUAGCGUUGCACCUGCCAAGUAUCCACUACAGAGACAUAUUUGCAUCGAUUACACAGCCAAGCCACGAAGCUUAGUCGUUGACGCCCAGUUCAAAGCCGAGGGCCACACCUUGAUGAGCUACAUACUGCUCGACAGACCCCUGAUUCACCUUGAGCGGCUCUCCCUUGCCAGAUCUAAUGCUGCGGUUCCCGUGCGUACCCGCGAUCUCUGCAGUUUUUUGUCUCUGUACUCCCAGACCCUUCAGGAGCUCGAGCUCUCUUGGGUAACCGUCAAAGUAGGAGAGUGGAUCCCUAUAUUGAGGCUUCUGGCUGCCACUGAGUUCACCGAUCUCAAAUACGUUCGUUUUGAAGGUCUUGUCGAGAGCACAGUGCCACAAGGGCAGAUGGUUCAAUUUCUUGACCUCGUGAGGGAUCCUACCGUUUAUGGGCUCUCGGAGAAGAUAGUCGUUGAGAGUCACCAUGCCCCGGCUGACAGCGUUUCCUAUCGUGGUACCAGGAUGGAUAUUGCGCUCCUAACGAUCGCGGACUCUGCGAGGUACAGUCACGUACUCCGGUGA